CCUGAUAUUACUACAGACUUUGUCGUUUCUUCUAUUCUGUUAGCCAAACAAUGCGUAAGCUUCGUUUUCUGGGUUCUCGGUCAUCUAUCUUCCUCUCCCCUUUCUCUCUAUAACAGCUUCAGGAUAUCAUUAUGCAUCGAAGAUCCAAGCUCUUUCAGGGAAAUUUUUUACAUGGAAUUUUCCCGAGAAACAAACAGAUCCUUAGGUCUGUCUGUUCUUCAGACUCCACUGCAACAAUACCCACCUCAGACUCCCUCAACAUCCCAUUUCUCUCAGACCUCAUAUCAAAGCAACACUGGUCAGAGCUGAAGACCCAUCUCAAAACCACAAACCCCACCACGCUUCUCCGCCAGUUGCUGAACUCAGAGGCCGAACCAGAGAUCACCCUCAGGUACUUUAACUGGUCCCAGAAGGAGCUCACACUCUCACACCCUCUUGAACUCUCUUGUAGGCUCUUAUAUUCACUGGCCAAUGCCAAAAAGUACUCAAAAAUCAGGGCUGUCCUAAACAAUUUUGUUACAAAUGAGAACUUGCAUUCGAAUUCUUCGAUUUUUCAUGCGCUUUCUAUGUGUGGCAAUAAGUUUUGUGCUAAUUCUUUAAUAGUUGAUAUGUUAGUCUUAGCGUAUGUGAGAAAUUCGAAGACCCAUUUGGGUUUUGAGGCGUUUAAGCGAGCUGGGGAUUACGGGUUCAGAUUAUCCGUGUCCUCGUGUAACCCAUUAUUGAGUGCUUUGGUGAAGGAGAGUGCAACUGGGGAUGUGGAGUAUGUGUUUAAGGAGAUGAUGAGAAGGAGGAUUGAGCCCAAUGUGAUUACGUUUAAUGUUGUAGUUAAUGGGUUAUGUAAGGUUGGGAAGUUGAAUAAGGCUGGGGAUGUUAUCGAGGACAUGAAGGCGUGGGGGAUUUCACCAAAUGUAGUUACAUAUAAUACUCUCAUUGAUGGGUAUUGCAAGAUGGGUAGGGUGGGAAAGAUGUAUAAGGCUGAUGCCUUUUUGAAGGAGAUGGUGGCGAAUAAAAUUUGCCCGAAUGAGGUUACUUAUAACAUUUUGAUUGAUGGGUUCUGUAAGGAUGAGAAUGUAUCGGCUGCAAAAAAGGUGUUUGAGGAAUUGCAGAGGCAGGGCUUGAAACCCAAUGUGCUCACGUAUAACUCGCUAAUUAAUGGGCUGUGUUGCGACGGGAAGCCUGACGAGGCCAUUGGCUUGCGGGAUGAAAUGUUGGGCUUGGGUUUGAAGCCGAAUGUUGUAACUUAUAAUGUGCUUAUAAAUGGGUUUUGUAAGAAGAAGAUGAUAAAUGAAGCUAGAGAGUUGUUUGAUGAUAUAAGGGGAAAACAGUUUGCUCCUAAUGCUAUAACAUUUAAUACAUUGAUUGAUGCUUAUUGUAAGAAUGGGAUGAUGGAGGAAGCAUUUGUGCUGCAAACUUCAAUGUUAGAGAAGGGGAUUUUCCCCCUCGCUUCAACCUAUAAUUGCUUAAUUGGCGGCUUGUGUAGAAAGGGGGAUAUAGAAGCAGCCAGGAAGCUUAUAAUUGAAAUGGAGCAUAAGGGACUCAGAGCUGAUCUUGUAACAUAUAAUAUCUUGAUAGAUUCAUUAUGCAGGAAAGGGGAGUCAAGAAAGGCAGCAAAACUCUUGAAUGUGAUGUUUAAGUUGGGUUUGAGCCCGAGUCACGUGACAUACAAUACUUUGAUGGAUGGCUAUUGUACAGAAGGUAACCUCAAGGCAGCCUUAAAUUUGAGGAUGCAGAUGGAGAAGGAAGGGAAGCGUGCAAAUGUGGUGACCUAUAAUGUGCUGAUUAAAGGUUUUUGUAAGAAGGACAAGCUAAAAGAUGCAAAUGGGCUUCUUAAUGAGAUGUUGGAAAGGGGUUUGAUCCCAAAUCGGACUACUUAUGAGGUGGUAAGAGAGGAAAUGAUGGAGAAAGGUUUUAUUCCUGACAUAGAAGGGCAUCUGUAUAAUGUGUCUAUCAGCUCUUGACCUUUGAAAUGAGAAAUGGAAUUAUUACCACCAUUACCAAUCUAUCUUGGGGAACACCAGUACAUGAAAAUUGCAGAACGAGCCCUCAUGUCAUAAUUCAAGAUCUCAGUACAUGUCUUUGGAGCUUGACAGAUUGUCAUCCCUGUCCAAUUCAGGUGCAUUUUUCUGAACCUCUAGCUGAAAUGCCUGUGUAACAAAUUCUUGAUGAUGUUAAGUGUCCGUAAUUAGUUAUUCUCAUUUUGCAUACAACUCAAUGGUGGCCAUCUGUAUCCAUUGCUCAAUUUACAAAAGGAAAAAAAAAAAAAAUUGGAACUUGAUCAGAAG